CCUCAACAAUGAGGAUCUUAAGCGCUCUCCACUUCUCAUUUUAUGCAGUGAAAUCUGAUUUCUUCAGGAGAAAGGAAUGAGGCAAGAUUAACCGAAUCUGCUGUCCUCUCUAACCCCUUCACAAAACUGCCCAGAUUAGCCAGGAAUUAAGUUUCAACCAUUUUAUGUGUCUGGUCCAUCUGGGGGGAUUAUAGUUUUUGCUGUUUUUUUCCCCCUUAUUUCAACAUUAAAAAGGCUGGUUGAACAGCGAGUGGGAACAGGGAGGAACUGGUGGUCCAACAGCACGGACAUGGACAGACUGAGCAGGACAGAAAGACAAAAGUUUCCUUUCACGAUUGAGAAUAUUCUGGGUAAAAACCUCAACAGCAAUGAAGAUAUGUGGUCAUGUUCUUUCGGACCAAAGGAUAAGGUGGUUAUUCCUGGUGGAGGGCAAGCUGUUCAUCACGCCUUUGUGAGCUGCUGCUGCUUCUGCUCACACUGUGGUGAUGUAUACAGGACAGAUUUCUUCCAUGAAGCCUCUCAGUAUGCAUGGCCCACAGUUGUGCUCUCGGAAUCGUGCAGGCUCAGCGAGGCUCAAAGGGAAGAGCAGAUUCCCGGUCAGGUGCAGAGAAGGACCAGAAGACACCGGACAAUCUUCACAGAAGAGCAACUGGAUGCACUGGAAGAGCUGUUCCUGCAAAACCAGUAUCCAGAUGUGAACACCCGAGAGAAACUGGCUCAGCGUACUCACCUACGAGAAGAGAGAGUCGAGGUCUGGUUCAAAAACAGAAGAGCUAAAUGGAGGAGACAGAAAAGACUGAACUUUAAUAUGGGGCACACAGACGACUAAACAACUGUUUUGCUCUGCAAAUGUUGAAAUAAAAACCUCAUGUAUGACAUAAGAGACGCAUUUUAAGUCU